AAAACAGAUCCCAAACAGUACGUUCCAGUGGUAAGGUGGCCGUCUAUCAGACAAGUCACAGUUACUACUACGACAGCUGCCGAAAAAUUCGAUAGAGAGAGAAAAAGACGCGAGUUAAGUCGCUGGUGGUUGUAAUAAAGUGCCAAUUUAUUUUAUUAAGUGACGAUUAUUUCCAAAAAAGGAAAUUUUUAAAAAUAACAUAAACUGUUCAAGUGUUUAAAGUUUCAUUUUUUGCUCCAAAAUUUUGAGUGUUCACAAAAACUUUUUGGACUUGGAUUUAAAAAUCCUAAGUGUGAAGAACAUAUUCGCUACCAGAGGACAUUAACGGCAUCCAAAAUUCAAAGAUCCGGGGCAAGGAAUCGAAAGAUGAAAUUGGUUCCAGGACCGCUACCUCCAAUACCAACAGGAGCCAACGCCAUGGAUCGACUUCCGCUUCCUAUUCCGUUUAACACGGAUCUUUUCUGGCGGUACCCUUUUCCUUCUUUACCACAAUCCCAACCACCUUCUUCGCCACUCUUAGAUUAUAAGAGUCAAUUGCCAAAUUCUUUACCUUCCGAUCCGAGAAUUUGGUCCAGAGAAGAUGUAACGAGUUUCCUUAGAUGGGCUGAAAGGGAAUAUGAUCUUCAACCGAUCGAUAUGGAUCGUUUUCAAAUGAACGGAAAAGCGAUGUGUUUGCUCACGCGCACAGAUUUAGCAGAUAGAGCUCCCGGAUCUGGAGACGUACUCCACAACGUCCUCCAAUUAUUAAUGCGAGAAGUAAACAUCUUACAACGCUGCCUCCCAUCGAGUCCUAUCACACCAACAUCGCGACAUCCGUAUCCACUUUCGCCCCAUUCCCAACCACCCACACCAAAUUGGGCUUUUAUUACUUCACAAAAUAAUUCAGAAAAUUUUCACCCACACCAUAUAGCAGCACAUUUAAUGGUACAAAAUAACUCGGUUACAUUAAGCCCUGCUCCUUCCGUUGAUAGCCAAUCAGGUUCACCACAACACGUCGAAAGUGCAAUCAACAAUUUUAGCCAUUCGAUUUUUGGAAGCAGCGGUAGUAACGGAAGCGGAAGCAACCAAUCAGAUUCUGACGAAGACAGUUACAACGAUGCAAAAACAAGCCCACCAAACACACCAAGUGCUUAUUCCUUACCACCUCCUUUACCAGCCAUUGCACCAAGAAGUCCUAAAGAAGCAGUCUCCAGCCCAGUUUUUAAAGGAAUGGGAAGAGAAUUUUUCCCAUCUAACGAAUCGCACGAACCAAACACAAAUGGACGGUUACUUUGGGAUUUCCUCCAACAACUUUUGAAUGAUCCCGCUCAACGGUACACAAAUUACAUUGCUUGGAAAAAUAGAGAAACAGGAAUUUUCAAAAUCGUUGAUCCCGCUGGAUUAGCAAAAUUAUGGGGAAUCCAAAAGAAUCAUCUUAGCAUGAACUAUGACAAAAUGUCUCGAGCUUUAAGAUAUUAUUAUAGAGUAAAUAUUCUGAAGAAAGUACAAGGAGAAAGACAUUGCUACCAAUUCUUAAGAAAUCCAACCGAAUUGAAAAAUAUAAAAAACAUAUCAUUACUUCGUCAACAAAUGUCACCAACAAGAACAACAGCACCACAACAUUUAGUGGCUCAACAUACAAUUAAAACAGAACCUGUAGAAAUAGAACAUGAAACGCGUAGGCCACAAGAAUAUGAAGAAAAACCUACGGAUCUUAGUAUGGAUAUGCCAACGGAUUUAAGUAGUAACAGUAGCAGACAUGUAAAUAUAGUUUGUUCACCAGAUACACCAACAAUGCGGGAUGCGGGAUAUUUUAAAGAAGAAGAUACAAAAGUUAUUUAAUUUAUAAAAACUCGAUGAUAGUGAGUUUUUAAGUAAGGUGCCAAUUGAAA